CGACUGCCCGAUAGACCGAGCACGCCUCCUAUCGAUUGUGAAGUCUAAAAAAUACAAAAAUAAAAUAAAAGUUAUAUGAAAUAAAUAUAAAUAACAACGAACAAUUUGGUUUGAUGAGGAGCAGCCAGUGGAACACUGUGGCCCGCCAUUGACCAACUUGAGUUCGAUUUGAAUGUGAAUCUUCUACUUGCCAGCAGAUCGAAUUUCGGAACGGAGCAGCUGGGAAUCGGGCAAAGUGAGUCCCGUCAAGGAAUUGCCACGAUGCUAGCUAGCGAUUCCACAGCACCGGACGUUCUGGAGGCGCCGUUGGCCAGCACGGCCACCAACAACACGGCAUCGGCCACAACCACAACAGAUGGUGCCACACCGCCAGAAUCUGGUAAGGAUCAGGAGCAGGCGGUGGCGACGGCCCCACCGGAGGACAGUAGCAAUGUGGAGCAGGGCGAUGGCGAUGGUGAUGCCGAUGCCGAUGGAGAUGCCGACACGGAUGCGGAUGCGGAGGCAUCUGCUGCUUUGGAGGCCGAGGAGCGCGAGGAGCUGCAGCAGUUUAUCAACGAGCUGCGCGAAAAGAUCGAGGGCAAGCGGCAACUGCGGCUCCAGAACUCCACAUUCGAGCUGCCCGGCGAGGAGCACUUCGCCAGGCUGGACUCCAACCUGAAGAAGAACACGGCUUUUGUGAAGAAACUCAAGCUGUUCACGGCCACCCAGCUGGAUGCUCUGCUGCGGGAGCUAUCCGCCCUGAAUCUGAGCAAGUACAUCUCGGAAAUAUGUGCUGCUCUGGCGGAAGCCAAGCUCAAAAUGACCGAUGUGCCGGCGGUGGUCACGCUGGCCUCCCGGCUGCACUGCACGUACGCCGACUUCGAUGUGCAGUUCCUCGAAGCCUGGCAAAAGGCGCUGAACAUCAAGGCCAGCGAGAAGAUUGGCAAUCCCAGCAAGCUGCGCGUGGAUCUGCGCCUGUUCGCCGAACUGGUCAGCUCUGGUGUGAUCCAGAUGAAGCCAGGACUGGCCCAACUGGGCGUGGUGCUGGUGCACUUGAUUGCCCAGGACAAGGACGACCACAGCAACUUCUCCAUCAUACUGUCAUUCUGCCGGCACUGCGGCGAGGAGUACGCCGGCCUGGUGCCGCAGAAGAUGCAACAGUUGGCCACCAAGUACGGUGUGGAGGUGCCCAAGUCGGACUUCCUCACCGCCGACAAGCAGCUCAAUCUGCGCACCAUGCUCAAGGGCUACUUCAAGGCCCUGUGCAAGCAUGUGCUGGCCGAGCAGACCGAACUGAUGAACAUGACCAAGAACAUACGGCGCACCAUGGAGUGCAAGGGCGAGAUAUCCACGGAGAAGCGCGAGAAGUGCGAGCUGAUGCAGGCGAGCUUCGACAAGCUGCUGGCCUCCGCCCAGUCGCUGUCGGAGCUGCUGGGCGAGCCGCUGCCGGAGCUGGCCAAGGAGUCGGAGUGCUGCAAUCCGGGCACGGUCAUCGACAACAUGCUCGACAGCGCCGCCUUCGGGGUGCUCGAUCCCUGGGGCGACGAGGAGACGCGCUCCUUCUAUACCGACCUGCCCGACUUGCGGCAGUUUCUGCCCAACUUCUCGGCACCCAAGGUGGAUCUGGAGACGCUGGAGGAGCCCAGUGAGCUCACCGAGGAGGCCAUCGAGGCCAAUCUGGAUGCGGAAAUGGAUCUCGAUGAUCCGCCCUCCACCGCCUCGGACACGGCGCUGGAAACGGCCAGCGAGGAGCUGCCGAGCAGCACACCGACAACAGCUACAUCGACGCCGGCCAUCGCCACGUCAACGGCGGAGGAUGUGAAGCCGCACAAAAUGGGCAGCGCCCUGAUGGAACUGGGACGCCAGCAGCAGCAGCAGCAGCAGCAAAGCCAGCAGAACCAGAAUCAGAGCCAGACCCAGACCCAAACCCAGCUGCGGCAGCAGUUCGAUGGCUUCCUGGUCAACCUGUUCAACUGUGUGAACAAGGAGCUCAUCGAUUCGGCGGCCAUCGAGUUCCUGCUCAACUUCAACACGAAACAUCAGCGCAAGAAGCUGACGCGGACCAUAUUCUCGGUGCAGCGCACCCGCCUAGACAUCCUGCCCUACCUCUCGCGCUUCGUGGCCAUUGUGCAUCUGUGCAACACGGACGUGGCCGCCGAUUUGGCCGAACUGCUGCGCAAGGAGUUCAAGUGGCACAUCCGCAAGAAGAACCAGCUGAACAUCGAGUCCAAGCUGAAGAUUGUGCGCUUCAUUGGCGAGCUGGUGAAGUUCGGGCUGUUCAAGAAGUUCGAUGCCCUGGGCUGUCUGAAGAUGCUGCUGCGGGACUUUCAGCACCACCAAAUCGAGAUGGCCUGUGCCUUUGUGGAGGUCAGCGGCGUGUAUCUGUACAACUGCCGGGAUGCCCGGCUGCUGAUGAACGUGUUCCUCGACCAGAUGCUGCGCCUCAAGACGGCCACGGCAAUGGAUUCGCGCCACUCGGCGCAGAUUGAGAGCGUCUACUAUCUGGUGAAGCCGCCGGAGUCGUCCAAGCGGGAGCCCACCAUAAGGCCGCCCAUGCACGAGUACAUCCGACACCUGAUUUUCGAGGAGCUGUGCAAACAGAAUGUGGAGCGGUGCAUCAAGAUGCUGCGCCGCAUCGACUGGCAGGAUCCGGAGACGAAUUGUUAUGCCAUCAAGUGCCUCAGCAAGGCGUACCUGCUGCGCUUCCCGCUCAUCCGCUGCCUGGCCGAUCUCGUCUCCGGCCUAAGCUCCUAUCAGCCGCGGGCGGUGACCAUCGUCAUUGACAACGUGUUCGAGGACAUCCGCGCCGGCCUGGAGAUCCAUUCGCCGCGCAUGGCCCAGCGGCGCAUCGCGAUGGCCAAGUACCUGGGCGAGAUGUACAACUACAAGCUGGUGGAGUCCACGCACAUCCUCAACACGCUCUACUCGAUCAUCUCGCUGGGCGUGUCGAUGGACCAGAGUGUCGUCUCUCCGCUGGAUCCUCCCGACAGCCUGUUCCGGCUAAAGCUGGCCUGCAUGCUACUGGACACGUGUGGACCCUACUUCACCAGCCAGGCCACGCGCAAAAAACUGGACUACUUCCUGGUCUUCUUCCAGCACUAUUAUUGGUUCAAGAAAUCCCAUCCCGUGUUCAGCAAGUCGGAGAACACCUCCGAUUUGUUUCCCAUCCUGGUGGAUCACACCUAUCGCGACUGCCUGGCCGGUGUGCGGCCCAAGCUGAAGCUGUACAAGAGCUGGGACCAGGCCAAGGCUGCUAUUGACCAGCUGCAGGAGAAGCUGUACCCGCAGCUGAAGGCCAACAGUGCCCAGGAUCCAUCGCUGGCCACGAUCAGUGAAAUAAGCGAGCUAGACGAAGGCGCCACCGAUGAGGACUCGGGAUCCUCGAAUGACCAGCGGGAGCGACAGGUUGCCGGCCAGGAGCCGGAGCAGAGCAACGACUGGACGGAGAACGAGACGGAGCCACCGUUGCCCCCACCGCCGCCGCCGGAAAAGUCCAAGGAGGAUCUGGAGUUCGAGCACCUGUACGAGAAGAUGACCACGGACUCGUACCAGGAGCGGCUGAAGGAGCCGAUCAAGGCCACGGCCAAGGACAUACCGGUACCGAUGAUGGCGCGCCUGCAAAAGAAGUCCUACGAACAGAUAACGGGUGGCCAGGCCUCCGGCAGUGCCAACACCAAUGCCACACAGAUCUCAAAGGCGGCCGCCAAUCAUGAGGCAGCGCCCGGCUCUCCAGGCCCAGAACCGCCAGAUGGCAAUGGUAAGUCAGGAGCAGCAGCAGUCGUGCCCUUCGUGCUGAUGGUGCGCGGCAACAAGGGCGGCAAGCAGCAGUUCAAGUCAUUCGUGGCCCCAUCCGACUCGCAUUUGGCCAUCAACCUAAAGCUGCAGGAGCAGAAGAUCCGCGAGGAGAAGGAGAAGGUCAAGCGGCUGACGCUGAACAUAACGGAGCGGAUCGAGGAGGAGGACUACCAGGAGUCGCUGCUGCCGCCGCAGCAGCGCAACUUCACCCAGAGCUACUACCAGAAGCCCAACAAGCACAAGUUCAAGCACCAGAAGGGCGCCCCCGAUGCGGACCUCAUCUUCCACUGAGACGAGAUGCUGCCCCAAACGCUGCUUGCUGCCAGAACCGAAGAAAGCCGCGGUCGGGGAUGAGCCCCCGGGUGGCUUGUGUGUGUGUGUGCGUGUGUGUGUGUGUGUGCGUUUCCAGCCUUUUCAGCCUGGCCAGCGCACCGAUACCAGUUCUGCUGCUGCUGCUGCUGCUGCUGCUGCUGCUGCUGCUACUGCUGUACGGCUCCAUCGCCUGCGAUUGUGUACCCACGAAAUCACGGAAUCGAGAGAACGAGGGAGAGCAGCGCUCCAAGAGCCGUCCACUCUCAGCCACAAGUAAUGCCCCAAGCUCCGGAUUGGGUCCAAUCCACAUGAGCCACAUCAACCUUAAGCCGUACUUAAGCCAACAAAACCAAUCCAAUUCAAAACCACACUUUGCCAACACGCAAUCGCAGUCGUGGUGCCACUCUAGCCGCUCAAGCCGCUCAAUCCAAAUGGCCCAUGUCCACGUCCUCGAUAUUAUCGUGUAUAUAGACUACAUAACUGCUACUCCCCCGAUCCGAUCCGAUUCGUAUAGCCGUAUAUUUUAACACUACAUAGUACGUAAAAUUGCCUAGACUUGUUUCGAAAACAGACCCUAAUGAAUAACAAAGCAUGUAUACAACGAUUUAUACAGAACAUACAUAUAUAUAUAUACAUAUAUAUAUAUAUAUAGAAUGUUAUGCACGCAUCCGAUAUUGCCAUCCGAUGUUCGCUGUUCCAUAUUGACAUUUUUGAAUCAAAUGCAGAAUACAGUCUGAAA